GACUUUUUCUGCUUUCGGCUUGCACAAUAAUUUUCAGGUGUUACCCAAAAUAAAUUAUUAAAUUCGCUCAAUCCUAACAAAAAUGAGGCUGACAGAAGUUCUAUUCAAGAAAGUCAAGAGCAAACGCAUCAUGGUGCUCAUGGAGAGCGUGGUCAGCGGCCAUCAGUUCAACCUGUUUCGUGAGCGGCUCGCAGAUAAAAUAGAGCUGGUUCGCUUCGAUCCGUACAUACAAAAGGAGAGCCUGUAUCGCGAGCGCAGAAGAAUUCGCAGCGCUUAAAUCGCGAUGCAUUUCCAGUUUCCUUUUCUAUUCUUUUACAUACAUAUAUAUAUAUAUUUGAGUAUAUGUAUGUAUGUAGUAAAUAAGUCAGAUAUGUAUAUCCAUGUGUACUGCAUUAAAGUCCGUUUUCUUAUAUUGUAAAUGUUUCA